AUGGCAAAGUUGGACCAUGAUAAAAGGGCCAUAAAAGCCCAAGUGGGCGAGCUCAAGGAUGAAGAUUUUGACCCCAUAUGUGAACUCGGCGUAGGUAACGGUGGGGUGGUCCACAAAGUCCGUCACAAACCCUCAAGACUGGUCAUGGCCAGGAAGCUUAUUCAUUUGGAAAUCAAACCAGCCAUCAGGAACCAGAUCAUACGAGAGCUGCAGGUCCUACAUGAGUGUAAUUCGCCGUACAUUGUAGGUUUUUACGGCGCCUUUUACAGCGAUGGAGAAAUCAGCAUCUGUAUGGAGCACAUGGAUGGAGGUUCUUUGGAUCAAGUGCUGAAGGAAGCCAGGAGAAUCCCUGAAGAAAUUUUGGGCAAAGUUAGCAUAGCCGUACUCAGAGGUCUGGUAUAUCUUCGGGAGAAACACCAAAUAAUGCACAGAGACGUUAAGCCCUCCAACAUCCUGGUGAACUCGCGUGGCGAGAUCAAACUGUGCGACUUUGGCGUGAGUGGCCAGCUCAUCGACUCCAUGGCCAACUCCUUCGUUGGAACACGGUCGUACAUGUCGCCGGAGAGACUCCAGGGCACACACUAUUCAGUUCAGUCGGAUGUGUGGAGCAUGGGCCUAUCACUGGUUGAGCUGGCUAUUGGACGCUACCCCAUCCCCCCUCCCGAUGCCAAGGAACUGGAGGCCAUAUUUGGCCGGCCAGUGCUGGACACAGGUGGGGCAGAAGGCCACAGCAUGUCCCCAAGACCGAGGCCUCCAGGACGACCGGUUAGCGGACAUGGAAUGGACAGCAGGCCAGCCAUGGCUAUAUUUGAGCUACUGGACUACAUUGUCAAUGAGCCACCACCUAAGCUGCCCCAUGGCGUCUUCACCACUGACUUUGAGGAGUUUGUGACGAAAUGCCUCGUUAAGAACCCUGCUGACAGAGCUGACCUUAAGAUGCUAAUGGGCCACACGUUCAUCAAGCGGGCCGAGGUUGAGGAGGUGGAUUUCGCUGGAUGGUUGUGUAAAACCAUGGGCCUUCACCAGCCCAGCACACCCACUCAUAGUGUUGAGUGAACGCUGGCUCACAUGCCAUCCUCAUCCUCCGCUCUACUUCUCUCCUUUUUGCUCUCACAGACCUGUAUGCUUGUAAGCCUCCGACACACCGCUGUGCGCUCUUUUGCCGUUCUCUGCUUACUCUUCCCUUCCACCGCGGUGCGUUCUGGGGCAUUGUUUUAUAAGAGCUUCUGGUGUUGGAACACAGUCAUUUGAAUGAAUAUGGAGAUUAGAAUCACUUAAGUGGAGUGGCUGUAUUUGUAACGACCACAUUAUUCAGGAAUGUCCAAAUUGGUAAAGAUCAGCUAGGUUUCGUUUGUAUAAGAGCUAUUUCAUUAGAAUUAUGAUGUUUUUGUUUACUUUUCAUGGUUGGUUUAUUAAAUCAUUAUAUUGUUUUUUUUUUUUUUUUUUGCUAAAGCACUAUUCUUUGGCAGUUAGCGUUACACUGUGUUAAAAUGGAUAGCUUGGUUCAAAGGCAAACAUUUAAUUGAGAAUCAACUGGCGUUUGCAAAAAAAAACAAAGAGGGCUACUGUGGAUCAUAGAGGUUAGUUUAUUUCAAAGAUGAUUAUAAAUGCAAAAUGGCCAAAUCAGCAAUGCUGAAGUGCAUACGUACAGUUGUUUAGCUUGUGCAUUGCAGGUAGCACUGCUAGUACACAGCCAAGUACUCCAUCAUGCCAACCAAUGGCCAUGUUGUAAGUUUGCACACAUUAGCAAAAAGAAACAUAAGCUUAAUUAGAGUUCCUGUAUCAGAUGCCCUUUGUCCUACUGCUGUGCCUGUGAAAAAGAUCAGUCAUUUAAUAUUCAGAAAUCUAUACUGUUUUUUUUGGGGGGGGGGUAUUUUCAACUUAAAAUCAUCUUCAGAAGGGUAUAUUUGGGAAGAAUUAUUGUUUAUAACUUAUGCUUCAGUGUUCUUUUUUUCUUUUUUAAUUGAAACCUAAAAUUUCUUGCUUUUGAUUUCAAGUUUGAAUACAACCAGGGUUGCAUCUAUCUUUACAGUGCUUUUACAAUAGGCCCGAUGAAUUUAAACGCAUCAAAAUUAUUUCAACCAAGACCACAACAGGUACACUCAUAGUCUGGUCUUCAGUGGUAUAUAAAGUGCAAAGUAACGUCUCAGGCCACCAUGUACAGUGCUAUGCAGAUCAAAUGAACCUCAGCAGAUAUUGCUGUAUUAGUAGGUCUUAUUAAUACACGGGUGUUACAGAUGGGCAUUGUGAAGUGUGGCUAAAGCCCACUUGCUCUAAAUAGCUUUUUUUUCUCUUUCUCUAGUACUUUUCAGUAACAUUGAAACUGUAUUACACACUGGCAUUCAGCUCCGACCAAGUGAAUGCAUGUAUCGCCACACGUGUAUAAAAUAUAUGUACAGUACAAAUGGUACUGUUUUCAGUCUUAAAAUAGCAUUUUAUUUGAUUGUUUUUUGUUGUUUGUUUUGGGAAUAGUUAAGUGAAGAGGAUACAAGUCAUUUUAUUACCAUAUGGAAUGUGUUGAAUACAGUUCUAAUAUAAAAAUAAAACUUAUUUGUGAAUGAU